AAGUCAGAACCUUCUCCCCGUAACUCAAUUGAACUCACACCUUCUGCCAACAUGUCCUAUAGCUGCUGCUCUAGAAACUUCUCCUAUCCCCUUGGGGGCUACCAGCGCUACCCACGGUCCUCCUGUGGCUCCUCCUACCCCAACAACCUGGUCUACCGCACUGCCCUCUGCUCUCCCAGCACCUGCCAGCUGGGCUCCUCCCUCUACAGCGGCUGCCAGGAGACCUGCUGUGAGCCCACCAGCUGCCAAAAGUCCUGCGUGGUGUCCAGCCCCUGCCAGACAUCCUGCUCCCGCCCGAGGGCCUCCACGCUCUGCAGUCCCUGCUGGACUGCUUACCCUGGAUGUGUGGGCUUUGGGUCCAGGAGCUGCCGUUCCCUGGGCUAUGGAUCCAGAAGCUGCUGGUCCCUGGGCUGUGGCUCCCAGGGCUUCAGACCCCUGGGUUAUGGAGUCUGUGGUUUCCCUUCCCUGAGCUAUGGAUCCAGAUUCUGCCGCCCAACCUACUUCUCCUCCAGGAGCUACCAGUCAUCAUGUUACAGGCCAACCUGCGGAUCUGGAUUCUAUACAUCAACUUGUUAA